AUGCAUUUGGACGAUAAGCUUACUCCUGCUUACUUUCAGGAAACUGCUGUGCAGGUUGCUUCUACCUCAAAUACUCUCUUCACAGCAUCGAAUCUGUCAAUCAAGGUUUUCAACUUGAAAAAUUCGUCCAGUGAGCCUGAAAUUGUGAAUACACUUGAUCAAUUGAAAGGAAUUGAUAUCAAGGUGUUUAAUAGCAAGACAAGUGCGCUAGUCGCCGGCGGAUUUGACUGUGCCUGGCACGAUUUGUCAGAUUUCAUUGUUAAAGAUAAUGGUGAUAAUGCCCACGAAACCUUUGGGAUCUCUGAAAUGAAAAAACUGUGGAAGAGCAGUUCCCGGAUUACUCAAGCGAUUUUUACACACGGAGGUCAACGUGCAUGUGUUGGCGACCUAGCCGCUAAUAUGGUUAUCCUUGACGUAUCCAACCCUAAAGACGAAACUACUUUUGGGAGAGUUGUUGAGAAAGUCAAAGUGUCAGGUGAGAUCACCGGGCUGGCCUACAGCUAUUCCGUAGACUUACUUGCGGUGACUGUUGCUGAUGGGGGCCUUACGAUAUAUUCGUUGAGCUCGAAUACGCCCGAAAAGAAAGCAACUAUUGGUACUAUACUGGCCGAUAAAAGAAUCGCAUUAACUCAUGAAAUGGGCUUGGUGGAUGACGACUCCGAUAUGUCAGAUUUUUCGGAUGAGGAUGACGAUUCAAUGGUAACCGAAAGCACCCUUGGGGGAGGCAAAAAGCAGAGAGAUAGCAAAAACAAUUUGCUCAAGUUUGCUGCAUCCAAAACAGUGUGGAACCCGGUAGGUGAUAUCUUAGCUGUUCCAAACAAAAAUUUCAAAAUAGACUUUUACAACGUUGUUAACUGGUCUGCUCCCACAUUCUGCUUAUCAGCAGGGCCUCUACAUCACAAAGAUUACGUGAGUGCUUUGGGUUUUUCUCCAGACGGAAAGUACUUUGCUAGUGUCAGUUUAGACAAACUGCUACUGAUAUGGGAUCUGGCAACUAAAAAAGUAAUCGGCAGAACCAACAUACCAAUCAUUGGUUGCGAUAUCACAUGGCCUGAUGAUUCAAGUAUUAUUGUUGGUUCUAGCAAGGGUCAAAUCUUGACCAUUGAUAAAGAUACAUUCAAGACGUUAGUUGGCCAGCGCCCAAUAAGAGAAACAAAUGAUGAGAUUGAGGAAAAGGUGAAUGGUAAGAUAACAGCUGAAGACUCAGAUGAUAUGGGUGAUGAUGUGUUGCAAUCUAAUGACGAAGAAAAUGAGGAGGAUGUAAACUUAGAUCGGCCAACGUCGCAGGAUCUUGACGGGUUUGUUAUCGAUGAUGAUGACAAUCAACGUUAUUACGGGGAAGAGGACAGCAAUAGAAGAAACCAUGAAACCAUGUCUGAAUCAACAGAGUUGACCGACUUCAACAAGCGUGCAAGAAAAGAAAAGGCAGGCGACAGUCAUUUGUACAGAUUGAGUGUCAAAUCAGGAUGGGGCAGAUCAUUGACAAAACCAUUUUCCGUCGGUUCCACCCCAUGGGCAGGUUCAGAUAGAAGGUAUUUGGCUAUAACAUCUGUUGGAUGUGCAUACACAGUAAAAACCCAGGAUUUCUUUAAGAUUACUGUUUUAUUCUUUGAUGAAGAGAAUCAUAGAAAGUAUUUUUUUGACGAUUUAGUUGGAUACGAUAUUUGUUCCAUCAAUGACCAGGGUUCGGUGUUUGCAACGAGUGGUUUUAAGAAGAGUAAAGGCUUCACCGCCAGGAUUGAAUACAAAGAUCAUAGUAAUGGCAGAGGUGGAGAAACACAAUGGAUUAGGGAAGUGACCAUGAGACCUUAUGAAUUCAUCACUAGUCUUAGCGUAUAUGGAAACUUUGUUUUCGUCUGUACCAACAAAGGUUUUGUGAGAAAAUUCAAUCUUUAUGGACGGCUGCUCAAUAUGUCGAUGAUGGAUUGUGUGGUGGGAAUAAUGAACAACAAUUAUUAUGUUUUUACAAUUAUCAAGCGAAGUAUAGAAAGUGGAUAUGUUUUCAAUAUUCAGAAUCUUGAUGGUGAUUAUAUUCAGCAAGAGGUUGGUAUCCCGUUGAUAACUGAGAACGAUUUGAAUGAUGAUGCAGCUGAUGUCCCUAUCAAAAGCAUGUUUUUUUCUGCUGAAGGUGAACCAUGUGUCAUAAGGAAUGACAACUUAUUACUUGUUUUGACAAAAUGGCGAGAUCCAUCCAAUGGACCUAUUUGGAAACCAUUAUUGGACAUCCAGGAAGGUGUUUCAAGGGCAGGUAGAGGUAGAGAAUUGAAGGCAUGGCCAUUAGGUUUGUAUGGCGACAGUUUCACCUUUGUUCCCUUCAGAGGUAGUAAGAACUACCCUAUAUUUCCACUCUUGACACCAAUGAAUGUGGAUAUACGGAUCCCACUAUCAUAUGAGGAUCCUGAUAAGAAGCCAAGACAAAGAAGGGAAGAAGAGGAAGAUGCUGGACUUUUUGGCGACGAAAAUGAAAAUGAAGGCCCAACUACGAAUGGAGAUACUGAAAAGCCAGAAAAUCCAGAAGAAAAGUUUCUACGUACCCUUGUUCUUGCUGAAAUGCUUAACGACGCAAUCUCAAACAACGACGCAACUGAUUCUGAUACUAUUGAGAAGCUACAGUUGUUGAGUCUUGAGUACGACAAAACAUUGUUGAUACAAAUAGACGACGCAUGCAGUAGUGGUGAUUCGGAUGACGCUUUUGAGUUGUGUAAAAUGAUUAGAGAUUUCCGGGCCCUGAACGCUGCACAAAGGUUGGCCGAAGUGAAAGGUAUGGCCGGAUUAGCUAGAAGAGUUAGAGAUUUACGUGAAGCCAGGAUGGCAGAGGAAGAGGAGGAAGCGGUAGAGGAAGUCAACUCAGAUGCUGAUCUUUAG